AAAGCUAACGAUAAUCUUCCACCAUUCCCAAAUGGAAUAGAUAUUUGUAUACUUAUUUUGCGGAUAUAAUGUUUUUAGAAAACAAAAGAAACAUUUUAGGCAUCGCUGAUCUGAGCUUUAUUACCUAUUUACUAAUAAUUUAAGUGGAAAAGUGUUGGACAUAAAAAAAAUCAAUAUAUAAACAGUGGUGGUUUUACCUGGUAUUAAAUACCAGUACUAAGAAAAUAAUAAAAUAGUUGCGGGGAUAUUAACAAAAAACGUUGACUUGGCUUAAUGUAAAAACUGUAUUAAUAACAAUAUGUCGUCUGAAAAUAUCGACAAUGGAAACAUCGAAUUAAUUGAACCAACGACUGGGAAACUAUUUUUCGAACAAAAAACAGAAUUAAUUUUCUGCAAGCCGCAUUUAAUACCUUUGAAAUCUGAGGCAUUAGAGAGAUUAGAAGAUAUGCAACGAAAGAUUGCACGACAGCUGCAAGAGAAACGUGUAGAGGCUUCUAAAACAGUAAAUCGUAAAGAAGUUGUUUAAAACAGUUAACGUAGAAAAAG